AUGUUGGCAAAUGUUAAACAAACGGGAUUCUCAAGCUCGGCGUCGCCUCAAGGCCUUUCAGGAGAAACUUCAGCAAUCAAAGCAGCAGUGUCCACAUUGAGCGCUGCUUCCGAUUCGGUGCAAGAAUCGGAUGUCAUUAAGGUAACCACUCACUUUUCUAAAAGGGCUGUUCCGAAUCAGGUUUUACUGGCAACCGCUCUUGUCGAAGCACAGACUAAGAACGGUGCUAACCAUCUGCUUAGAGUAUUAUUAGACCAGGGGUCGCAGGCAUCAUUUAUAACAGAGUCAGCGGUCCAGUUGCUCGGGCUUAAGAAAUUGCCUGCUAGAGGUGUUAUUUCAGGCAUAGGAGGUGAUGAGAGUGCUGUGGCUUCUAAGUUUAUAGUCUUCGUAACCAUCAAGUCACGCCAUGAUCCUAAUUUCAUUUAUCAAGUACGAGCAUUCGUUUUAGGCACCAUUACAACGUUGAUCCCUGGGGAGAAAAUAUCAGUACCAACUUGGCCUGAACUAGAUAGUUUAACACUGGCUGAUCCAGAGUACCACACUCCAAACAAAAUAGAUGUUUUGCUUGGAGCUGAAGUUUAUGGCCAGGUCCUUAGAGAAGGUCUAAUCAAACACUCUCCUGGAUCUUUGAUAGCGCAAAACACGUGUUUAGGUUGGAUUUUGUCUGGAGCCACACGAACAUUAGAUUUCGAAUCGAAUUCAGCUCAUUGUCACCAAGGUUUUAUCAGCAUGCAUUCGCAAAUCAGUGAAAAUGAAAUGCUCAAACGGUUUUGGGAAAUCGAAUCUGAUGCGCGUUAUGUUAAAGAAAGAAUACUUACCCAGGAAGAGCAAUUGUGUGAAGAAUUUUAUAAUCGUACCACUCAGCGGGACAGCACUGGUCGAUAUGUAGUUAAGCUACCAUUUAAAGAUGCUGAUCCACCAUGCAAAUAUGGGCACACCAGGGAAAUUGCACUCAAACGAUUUCAACUUCUUGAACGCCGUUUCAAGAAAGAUCCAGAGAUUAAGAAAAAAUACACUGACGUUAUUCAAGAGUACCUUGACCUCGGCCACAUGGAAGAAAUUCUCCCUGAAAACGAUAAGGAGAGAGCAGAAGCAGUGUACUUACCUCACCACGCUGUAGUUCGGGAGGAUAAGGCCACGACUAAAGUCAGAGUUGUGUUCGACGCUUCAUGUAAAGGGGUAAAUGGUGUAUCUCUUAAUGACUCAUUAAUGGUAGGCCCUACUAUCCAACCUGAUUUGCGUCAUCUGGUUAUGAGAUGGCGCCUCCAUCCAAUUGUGCUGUGUGCCGACAUUGUAAAGAUGUAUCGGCAAGUCAUCGUCGCCCCUGAAAAUAGAAAUUUCCAAAGGCUGCUCUGGCGAUGCGAUCCGGAAUCUGAAAUAAAGGAUUACAAAUUAUUAAGAGUAACAUUUGGAACUGCAUGCGCACCUUACCUCGCAGUGAAAACCUUGCAGCAGCUGGCGCACGACGAAGGAGACGAUUUUCCGCUGGUAUCUGAAAAAUUAAAGGAAGAUUAUUAUGUAGAUGAUUUUAUGUCAGGUUGUCAAACUGUAGAGGAAGGGAUAAGAAUUUAUAAGGACAUGAAAGGAUUAGUAGCGAGAGGGGGCUUUGAAUUGCAAAAAUGGAUGACAAACAAUAAAGAUCUUUCAAGAGAAAUUAAGGAAGAUAGAAGCAUUCAGAAGGUGGAAUCGGUGGAAAUAAAAAUGGAUGAAGUAAUGAAGAUACUUGGAAUUUCUUGGGAUAGAGAACGUGACAGUUUCAAGUACACAGUAACAUUUCCUCCGCAACCUGGAUCUGUAACUAAAAGAAAGGUUAUAUCAGAAAUAGCUCGACUAUUUGAUCCCCUGGGAUGGGUAGCACCUUGUGUGGUUACAGCAAAAAUACUUAUUCAAAAAUUAUGGUUAGCUGGAAUCGAUUGGGACGGUAGUUUACCUGAAGAGCUACUUAAAGAAUGGAAAAAUUACCAAGCUGAUCUGUUACACUUACCUCAAAUUGUUAUCCCACGCUGGUUUGAAACCAGAAGCAAGGCAGUUAUGGAACUGCAGGGCUUCUGCGACGCAUCUAAUAAAGCAUACGCAGCAGUUGUUUAUUUGCGAGUAAUUGAGGAAGAUUGUGACGUCAAAGUCCAUUUGGUCACCGCAAAAACCAAAGUUGCACCUACAAAACAGCUUUCGAUUCCACGACUGGAGCUAAUGGGAGCAGUAAUUCUAGCUAAAUUAAUAACUGAAGUUGCUGAAAUAUUGGGUAUUGAAAAGGAAAAUAUACACUGCUGGACCGAUUCAACAAUUGUACUAGCAUGGCUCAGUGGUCAUCCAAGUCGCUGGACAACCUUUGUUGGAAAUCGAGUCUCAGAAAUCUUAACGUUACUAGAAAACACACAGUGGGCACAUGUUCGUUCCGCUUGCAAUCCCGCAGAUAUAGCCUCCAGAGGCGUAACACCGACAGAACUUUCACAGUCUUCACUGUGGUUUCAUGGACCGUCGUGGCUCGCAAACGAAACAAUUAAUUACACUAAGCCGAAGUUAAUUUCAACUGAAUUGGAGAAGCGGUCAGUGAAAGCACAUGUAUCGACGUGUCAAGACGAUAAGCUGUGGACAAAAUUUUCAUCACUUCAAAGGUUAGUACGAGUAGUAGCUUACUGCAGAAGAGUUUUAGCAUCAAAUAAAAAGAGAACCACUUACCUGACAAGCGAAGAGAUUGCAAAGGCAUUAGAAAUUUGUAUUAAGAAGUUCCAACAACAAGCUUACAGUGAAGAAAUAGAAGAUAUUAAGAAAAAAGGAAGCGCAGUACACUUGGAGGCCAUAAGUGAUCUCACCUCUCAGGCUUUCAUAGCUGGUUACAAACGAUUCGUCGCUAGGAGAGGACAUUGCAGUGACAUCUGGAGCGACAAUGGUAAAAAUUUUGUCGGUGCAUCUAGAGAACUGAAAUGUUUGUUUAAUGCAGAACUAUCAUCGGUUGCCAGUGAAAUUAAAGAUUGGUGCAGUUCAAGUAGUGUCAAGUGGCAUUUCAUACCACCUCACGCCCCAAAUUUUGGUGGGCUCUGGGAGGCUGGGAUUAAGUCCACCAAAUUCCACUUGAAGAGGAUAAUUGGUGAGUCGACCCUCACUUAUGAAGAAAUGUCAACUCUCCUUGCUCAAAUUGAGGCCUGCCUCAAUUCCAGACCAAUCUCACAAAUCUCACAAAAUCCAAACGAUCCGAUUCCUCUAACACCCGGUCAUUUUUUAAUAGGCGAACCUCUGGUUCUUGUACCGGAUCGUAACUAUGAACGCUCCAAUAUCGGCACUUUGAAAAGAUGGCAGUAUUUACAAAGACUGACCCAAGAUUUCUGGCGACGUUGGUCGCAAGAAUAUUUAACUACUAUGGUUCAUCGUUACAAGUGGUCCCAGAGGGAACCUGAACCAAAGAUAGGAGAUAUUGUUAUAGUGAAGGAGGAUAACCUGCCUCCUGGUAAAUGGUUACUAGGUAAAAUUUUAAUGAAGCAUCCGGGCACGGAUGGAAUCACUCGAGUUGUAACUUUAAAAUGUAAGGAUUCUGUUAUAAAGAGACCAACGUGUAAAUUGUGCAUUUUACCUGUGACUGAUUAA